UUUAGUUUAAAUUGGUUUAAUUUAGUUUAGUUUAGUUCUGAGUAGUUUGGUUCAGUUAGUUUAGUUUAGUUUAAUUCGGUUGAGUUUGGUUUUCCAGACCUGUAACCUGCAGAGACAAACUUGUUUCCAGAUGUUAAAAACAAAUCUUCAGAAACGAGGAUUCUUUGAUCAGAUCAUUUCUUCUGUUUAUUAUAAAGUGACAUUUUUUAUUUUGUGGGUUUAAUUGAACCCAACACCGGUUCCUGUGGACCGGCCAUCAUUUAUCUCCUGUGAUGUGAUGCAUCGUGGGAGUUUUCUGUUAUCUCUGCAGGUUCUACAUCUCUGCUCAGAAUCCUCUGAGGUCCAACUGGAGCAGCAGAACCAAACCUGGGCCUGCGCGUGAACACCGCGCGUGAAGCAGAAGCCUCUACGCUCGGAACUUAUCAGCUCCUUGGUUCACUUCCGGGUUUGAGCUCCUUCUUGCCCUUUGCUCCGAGGGGGGAGGAGGGAGAGCUGGUCACACAGGCACGCGCACAGGCUGCAGCAGGUAGACGGUCCGAGACUUUCUCAGAACUUUCCGGUUCUGUUCGCAGGUGUCCGACAUGCGGCAGAGCGCGGCAGCAGGUCCGCUGGGCUGAAGGCAGGUGGAGAUCCAGCUGUUGCAGGUCAGAACGCGUGUUCCGGUUCGCAGUCAGCGGGGCGGAGGUGCAUAUCGGACCGGAGCAGGGCGUCUUUCUCCGGUUCUGGUUCUUCUCGGUGCUGCUGGAGUCCGGGUCCAGGAUCCAGGAUGUCGGACUCUGCGUCCAGUUUCCUCCACAUCGGAGACAUCGUGUCUCUGUACGCCGAGGGGUCCGUGAACGGGUUCAUCAGCACCCUGGGGUUGGUGGAUGAUCGGUGCGUGGUCGAACCUGCUGCUGGAGAUCUGGACAAUCCCCCCAAGAAGUUCAGAGACUGUCUGUUUAAGGUUUGUCCGAUGAGUCGCUAUUCGGCCCAGAAACAGUACUGGAAAGCCAAACAAGCCAAACACGAGAAGGACAAGAUCUCUGACGUGGUUCUACUCCAGAAGCUUCAGCAUGCGUCCAACCUGGAGCAGAAGCAAAAUGAGACUGAAAACAAGAAGGUCCACGGGGAUGUGGUCAAGUAUGGAAACGUCUUACAGCUGCUCCACAUGAAGAGUAACAAAUACCUGACGGUGAACAAACGGCUGCCGGCUCUGCUGGAGAAGAACGCCAUGCGGGUGACGCUGGACGCCACGGGGAACGAAGGCUCGUGGCUCUUCAUCCAGCCCUUCUGGAAGCUUCGCGCCAACGGAGACAACGUGGUGGUCGGAGACAAAGUCAUCCUGAAUCCGGUGAACGCCGGCCAGCCACUGCACGCCUCCAACUACGAGCUGACCGACCAUCCUGGAUGUAAAGAGGUGAACUCGGUGAACUGCAACACCAGCUGGAAAAUCAACCUGUUCAUGAUGUUCAGCGACCACAGAGAGGAUGUCCUUAAAGGAGGCGAUGUUGUGCGUUUGUUCCACGCUGAACAGGAAAAGUUUCUGACCUGCGACGAGUACAAAACCAAACUGCACGUCUUCCUGAGAACGACGCUGAGGCAGUCGGCGACGUCAGCGACCAGCUCCAACGCUCUCUGGGAGAUCGAGGUCGUCCAUCAUGACCCGUGCCGUGGGGGGGCGGGGCAUUGGAACAGUCUGUACCGGUUCAAACACCUGGCCACAGGAAGCUACCUGGCUGCUGAGGAGAACCCGGGUUAUAAGGGAGACAACGUAGAGCUGUCGGCCUCGAUGGAUGGUAGCCGUAGCAACAAGCGCUCCCAGGGGGAACGGAUCAAGUACAAGCUGGUGGUCGUUCCUCAUGGGAACGACAUUGCCUCGCUAUUCGAGCUGGACCCGACCACCCUCCAGAAAACCGACUCCUUCGUUCCACGGAACUCGUACGUGCGGCUCAGACAUCUGUGCACCAACACGUGGAUCCAGAGCACUAACGUUCCCAUCGACGUGGACGAGGAGCGACCCAUCAGGCUCAUGUUGGGGACGUGUCCCACCAAAGAAGACAAGGAGGCGUUCUCCAUCGUCUCGGUUCCUGUGAUGGAGAUCCGGGAUCUGGACUUUGCUAAUGAUGCCAGCGCCAUGCUGGCCACCGUGGUGAAGCAGUUCAACUCGGGCUUCAUCUGCCCGAACGACCGAAGGUUUGCCAUCAAGCUGCUGGAGGACGUGGUUUUCUUCGUAGCUGAUGUUGUGAACAGCGGUCAGCAGGUUCUGGACGUGGUGAUGACCAAACCCAACCGAGAGAGGCAGAAACUGAUGAGGGAGCAGAACAUCCUGAAGCAGAUCUUCGGCAUCAUAAAGGCUCCCUUUAAGGACCGGGGGGGAGGGGAGGGACCUCUGCUGCGUCUGGAGGAGCUGAUGGACCAGAAGAACACGCUGUACAAGUACAUGCUCAGACUCUGCUACAGAGUCCUGAGACACUCUCAGGACGACUACCGCAAAAACCAGGAGCACAUAGCGAAGCAUUUUGGUGUGAUGCAGAGCCAGAUUGGUUACGACAUCCUGGCCGAAGAUACGAUCACUGCCCUGCUGCACAACAACCGCAAACUGCUGGAGAAACACAUCACCAAGACUGAGGUGGAGACCUUCGUAAGCUUGGUCCGCAAGAACCGAGAGCCCAGGUUUCUGGACUACCUGUCAGACCUGUGUGUGUCUAACAACGUGGCCAUCCCCGUCACACAGGAGCUGAUCUGUAAAUGUGUUCUCGAUCCGGAUAACCAGGACAUCCUCAUCAAGACAGAGCGCCGAGUCCCUAAAGAAGCGCCCCAUGGUGGUGUCCAGGGGGAUUACACAGGGAUGGAGGAUUAUGGAGACGAGGACGAGGUGUGGCUGGUUUGGUCUGAUAGGAACAAAGAGACACAGGAGAAGAGCAUCAGACAGCUGUCUCAGGAGGCAAGACAGGGAAACGCCCACGAUGAGAACGUCCUUACCUACUACAGGUACCAGCUGAAGCUCUUUGCCCGCAUGUGUUUGGACCGCCAGUACCUGGCUAUCCAUGAGAUCUCCAAGCAGCUGGACGUGGAGCUCAUCUUCCUCUGCAUGAUGGACGAGUCGCUGCCCUUUGACCUGCGGGCGUCCUUCUGUCGCCUCAUGCUGCACGCCCACGUAGACCGAGACCCCCAAGAGCUCGUGACCCCCGUCAAAUUUGCUCGCCUCUGGACGGAGAUCCCGACCUCCAUCACCAUCAAAGAUUACGAUUCCAACUUGGACGACAGCAGAGACAACAAGAAGAAUCGCUUUGCCAACACCAUGGCGUUCAUGGAGGAGUAUCUCAACAACGUUCUGAAUGAGGAGCUGCCGUUUCACAACGAGGAGAAGAACAAACUCACAUACGAGGUGGUUAGCUUGGCCCGUCAUCUCAUCUACUUUGGUUUCUACAGCUUCUUUGAGCUUCUCAGACUCACCAGGACCCUGCUGGGGAUCAUUGACUGUCGGCCCAAUCUCACACAAGCUGGCGAGAUGUUCCCGGAGGAAGGAUCAGGGAAGAGCGUGAAGCGCUCCAUACAUGGGAUGGGUCACAUGAUGACCACCAUGGUCCUCAACAGGAAGCAGUCCAUGUCAGGAGGUGCUGCUGGCAGAGGAUCAGGAUUCGUGCUGGAGGGACCGAGAGAUGGAAAAGACAGUCUUGAUAAGCAGGACCUGGUAGUCAUGGACACCAAACUCAAGAUCCUGGAGAUUUUACAGUUCAUCCUGAACGUCCGUCUGGACUACCGCAUCUCCUUCCUGCUGUCGGUCUUUAAGAAGGAGUUUGUGGAUGUUUAUCCGAUGGCUGAAGCUGACGCUACCACCAACAUGGAACAAGCAGCCACCAUCAACCUGCAGCAGAUUGGAGAGCAGGCAGAGGCCAUGUUUGGUGUCAGGAAGGGAAACAGCAUCCUGGAGGUGGAUGAUGAAGGCGGUAGGAUGUUCCUGCGGGUUCUGAUCCAUCUCACGAUGCACAAUUACGCUCCUCUGGUGUCUGGAGCUCUGCAGCUGCUUUUUAGACACUUCAGCCAGAGACAGGAAGUCCUGCACACCUUCAAACAGGUUCAGCUGCUGAUCUCGGCUCAGGAUGUGGACAACUACAAGCUGAUUAAAGCGGACCUGGACCGCCUCCGGACCCUGGUGGAGAAAUCUGAACUGUGGGUGGAAAAGAAGGGCUCGGGUCGAGGAGAGGGAAAGGAGAAAGAUGAGGGGGCAGCAGAGGGCAAAUCCCCAAAGGAGAAGCUGGAGAAGGGAAACGAGAGCUACCAGAACGUCAAAGAGAUCCUGGAGAGGCUGUAUAAGAUGUGCAGCACUGGAGUUUGGAAGAAGCAACAGAGGCUGCUGAAGAACAUGGGGGCUCAUAAAGUCAUGCUGGACCUGCUCCAGGUCUCCUAUGACAAGAACGAUGUAAAGAUGCAGGAGAUCAUCAGGUACACUCAUCAGUUCCUGCAGAAGUUCUGCAUGGGGAACCAGGAGAACCAGGCUCUGCUGCACAAGAACCUGGCCCUCUUCCUCAACCCCGGGCUGCUGGAGGCGGAGACUGUGCAGCACAUCUUCAAUAACAACUACCAGCUCUGCUCCGAGAUCUCUGAGAGCGUCUUGCACCACUUCAUCCACUGCCUGGCGACGCACGGCCGCCACGUCCAGUACCUCAACUUCCUGCAUACCAUCAUCAAGGCUGAAGGCAAAUACGUGAAGAAGUGCCAGGACAUGAUCAUGACCGAGCUGACGAAUGCAGGCGAGGAUGUGGUCAUCUUUUAUAACGACAAAACCUCAUUUGACGUCAUGCUGGCGCUGAUGGCCGAGAGCCGGGAGGGUGUUGGAGAGAACAGCCCACUCAGGUACCACAUUUCUCUGGUGGAGCUGCUGGCCGCCUGCGCUGAAGGGAAGAACGUCUACACGGAGAUCAAAUGCACGUCUCUGCUGCCUCUGGAGGACGCGGUCCGAGUGGUGACUCACCAGGACUGCAUCACCGAGGUGAAAAUCGCCUACGUGAACUUUGUGAACCACUGCUACGUGGACACGGAGGUGGAGAUGAAGGAGAUCUACACAUCCAACCACAUCUGGAAACUGUUUGAUGACUUUACUGUGGACAUGGCUCGGGUGUGUAACAAACGAGAGAAACGCCUCUCCGAUCCCAUUCUAGAGAAGUACAUCAUCAACGUGGUGUUUGACACCAUCACCGCCUUCUUCAGCUCGCCAUUCUCAGAGAACAGCACGUCUCUGCAGACUCAUCACACAAUCGUAACUCAGCUCCUCCAGUCCUCCAUCAGACUCCUGGACUGUCCCUGGCUCCAGCAGCAGCACAGAGGACAAGUGGAGACCUGCAUCAAGACGCUCUCCAUGACAGCGAAGAACCGGUCCAUCCCGCUCUCUUUGGAGCUGGAGGCCCUGAUCAAGAACGUGCUGGCCAACUCGGUUCAGAACUCUCUGAACCGCUCAAACCCAAACUACAAAUCCAUGUCCCGGUCCGCCAGACCCAUUCCCUCCAGUAACCCCUGGGACUACAAGAACAUCAUCGAGAAGCUGCAGGACAUCAUCAACACGCUGGAGGAGCGUUUGAAGCCGCUGGUGAAUGCUGAACUCUCCGUGUUGGUGGACGUUCUCCAUCAGCCGGAGUUGCUGUUCCAGGAGGGAACCGACGUCCGGCAGCGCUGCGAGUCCGGAGGCUUCAUCUCCAAGCUGAUCCAGCACACCAAGACUCUGAUGUCCUCGGAGGAGAAGCUGUGCAUCAAAGUUCUGAGAACGCUGCAGGAGAUGUUGAUCAGGACUCUGGACUUUGAUGAAAAGGGAAUUUCACUGAGGAAGGUUCUGCUGCAGAACUACUUGUUUCCAAACAAAAAGAACAACCAGAAGAAUGAGCUGGCUGAACUAGGAGCUGCUGGUAGUGAGCAGGAGCGAGACUGGGCCAUGGUGGCUGCUGUUCAGUGCCGUUUGGACCGAGAAGGAGGAACAAAGCUGUUCACGGAUCUGGUGAUGAGCACCAAGAACGACAAGAUCUUCCAGGAGAGCAUCCAGCUGGCCAUCUGUCUCCUGGAGGGAGGGAACACAGAGAUCCAGAACUCCUUCUACAAACUGAUGAUGGGCGACAACAAGUCCGAGAAGUUCUUCAAAGUUCUUGAUGACAGGAUGAAAGAAGCUCAGAUGGACAUUAAAGCAACAGUUUCUGUCAACGUCAGCGAGAUGACGCACAAGGCUAACGAGAAGGAGCUGGAGAGCGCAGGAUCUGCGGCGCUGGCUCUUCCUGGUUCAGGAGGUCACCCUCUGCUGGUGCAGGGUCAGUCCGUCGCCUCCGCCCUACCGGCUCAGCCUCCUCCAGAGCAGCCGGAGAUGGAGAUGGGACCGGCCGUCACCAUCAUGAAACCCAUCCUCAGGUUCCUGCAGCUGCUGUGUGAGAACCACAACCAGAACCUGCAGAACUUUCUGCGGGUCCAGAACAACAAAACCAACUAUAACCUGGUUUGUGAGACUCUGCAGUUCCUGGACAUCAUGUGUGGCAGCACCACCGGUGGACUGGGCCUUCUGGGCCUCUACAUCAACGAAUCCAACGUCCACCUGAUCAUCCAGACCCUGGAGACGCUCACAGAGUACUGCCAGGGCCCGUGUCAGGAGAACCAGACGUGCAUCGUGACCCACGAGUCCAACGGCAUCGACAUCAUCACCGCUCUGAUCCUGAAUGACAUCAGUCCUCUGUCUCGAUACCGAAUGGAGAUGGUUUUACAGCUGAAGGACAACGCCUCCAAGCUACUGCUGGCACUGAUGGAGAGUCGCCAUGACAACGAGAACGCCGAGAGGAUCCUGUUCAACCUGCGGCCUCGAGAGCUGGUGGAGGUCAUAAAGAAGGCCUACCUUCAGGACUGUGAGUGUGAGGAGGUGGAGGUGUCUUCUCGGGAAGUGGGACACAACAUCUACAUCCUAGCUCAGCAGCUGGCGAGACACAACAAGUUUCUCCAGAACCUCCUGAAGCCGCAAAAGAAGAGUCCAGAGGGAGAGGAGGGCAUCUCCUCCAUGCUGAACCUGAACAACCGCCCUCUGUCUCAGAUGUUGAAGUCCUCGGCUCCUGUUGAUGUGGUGGAACAGGACCCGUUAGAGUUCUACGACCAGCUAACAUCUCAGAUAGAGAUUGUCCGGGAGGACCGCAGCAUGGAGCAGAUCGUCUUUCCCGUCCAUCCCAUCUGUGAGUUUCUGACGGAGGAGUCAAAGUCCAGAGUGUUCAACACCACGGAGCAGGACGAGCAGGGGUCAAAGGUCACACACUUCUUUGAGCAGACGUCCUUCCUGCACGGAGAGAUGGAGUGGCAGAAGAAGCUGAGGAGUAUGCCCGUGUUGUACUGGUUCUCCAGACGGAUGAGUCUGUGGGGGACCAUCUCGUUCAACCUCGCUGUCUUCAUCAACCUCAUCAUCGCCUUCUUCUACCCCUACGACUCGGGCCAAGGAGCCAUCGAUGACUCCAUGCUGUUGAUGCUGUUCUGGAUCCUGACCGGACUUUCGGUUCUGGGUCUGCUCUCUCAGCGUGGUCUGCAGCCGCUCACCCUGGCUCUGAUCCUCAGGUCCAUCUACCACCUGGGCAUCGGCAACACCCUCAUCCUGCUUGGGUCGCUGAACCUGAUCAACAAGGUGGUGUUUGUGGUGAGCUUUGUGGGGAACAACGGGACCUUCAUUAUGGGCUACAAGGCCAUGGUGAUGGAUGUGGAGUUCCUGUACCACCUGGCCUACGUCCUGACCUCCACCCUGGGCCUGUUUGUCCAUGAGCUCUUCUACAGCAUCCUGCUCUUCGACCUGAUUUACCGAGAGGAGACGCUGUUCAACGUAAUAAAGAGCGUCACUCGCAACGGGCGUUCCAUCCUGCUGACGGCACUGCUCGCCCUCAUCCUCGUCUACCUCUUCUCCAUUGUGGGCUUUCUCUUCCUGAAGGAGGACUUCAUCAUGGAGGUGGAUCAUCUGUCUCAGAUUGCUGAAGGUGAGUUCUGGCCCUGUGCUCCGACGAACCCGUUCUCCAGAGGGUCGGUUCUGACUGCUGUGUGUUUAGCUCCUGGGCAGAGUGAAGCCUCGCAGGACUUCCUCAGCUCGUGUUCUUCAGACGGAGUCAGCUGCACCGCGGAGGUUGGCAACCGGCCUGAGGAGGAUGACGAGGCGAACACGGAGCGAGCGUGUGACACGCUGCUCAUGUGCAUCGUUACCGUGAUGAACCACGGACUGAGGAAUGGAGGCGGAGUUGGAGAUGUUCUCAGAAAACCAUCUAAGAACGAGCCGCUGUUUCCUGCUCGAGUCGUCUACGACCUGCUCUUCUACUUCAUCGUCAUCAUCAUCGUUCUCAACCUGAUCUUUGGCGUCAUCAUUGACACGUUCGCCGACUUGAGGAGCGAGAAACAAAAGAAGGAGGAGAUCCUGAAGACCACGUGCUUCAUCUGUGGUCUGGAGAGAGAUAAGUUUGACAACAAAACGGUGUCAUUUGAGGAGCACAUCAAACUGGAGCACAACAUCUGGAACUACCUGUACUUCAUCGUCCUGGUGCGUGAGAAGAACAAGACGGACUACACGGGACCGGAGAGCUACGUGGCUCACAUGAUCAAGAACAACAACCUGGACUGGUUCCCACGAAUGCAGGCCAUGUCUCUGGUGGUCACCGACAGCGACGGCGAGCAGAACGAGAUGCGGAUGCUGCAGGACAAGCUGGCGUCGACCAUGAAGGUGGUGAUGAAUCUGACCACGCAGCUCAAUGAUCUCAAAGAACAGAUGACAGAGCAGAGGAAGAGGAAGCAGAGGCUGGGCUUCCAGGAUGUCCAGGUGGGAGCAAGUGUGGCGAUUCCCCCGACAGCCGCCGGAGGAAACCAUCAGAUCUACAAAACAUAAAAACAUGGAGAUCAGCUGGACUGAUGCACCAGAACCCAGAACCCGGCACAUCUGUUUGGUUUCAGGACUUCACAUUAAUCAGUCCUUCCAUCCUUAACACUUAAGCUACACAAUAAUUUAAUAUAAACCUUCUGAAAGGAUUGAGUGUCAAAAUAAAAGCACCAGUGGUUUUCUUCUGUAAAUAGAAUCAGCUGUUUGGACUUUAUGGGAUACGUGUUUCUGUUUUUAGUGUAAAGAACUUUGUUUUAGAUGAGAGACCGUCACAUUUAGAGAUACUUCCUGUAACUGAGGUUCUCACUUGAUUUUCAAAAUAAAAUCGGUUUCUGAUUCA